GAUCUCACACUGGACCCAAACACAGUAAACAGACGCCUCUCUCUGUCUGAGGAGAGCAGAAAGGUGACAUGUAGGAGAGAGGAGCAGACGUAUCCUGAUCACCCAGAGAGAUUUGAGGUCUGGGAACAGGUGCUGUGUAGAGAGGGUCUGACUGGGCGCUGUUACUGGGAGGUAGAGUGGAGUGGGAGAAGGGUUGAUAUAGGAGUGAUAUAUAAAGGAAUCAACAGGAGAGGAAUGGGUGAGGACUGUUGUCUUGGACACAAUGACAAGUCCUGGAGUCUGUUCUGCUCUGACAACCGUUACACUGCCUGGCACAAUAAUAAUCGGACUACCAUUGACGUCCCCUCCUCCAGCCCCCACAGAGUAGGAGUGUAUCUGGACUGGCCAGCCGGCACUCUAACCUUCUAUAGAGCCUCCUCUGACACACGGACCCACCUGAUCACAUUCACCUCCACAUUCACUGAGCCCCUCUAUCCAGGGUUUAGGGUUUAUGAUGACUCCUCAGUGUCCCUGUAAAUAAUAUCCUGACACACAUCUUGUUUUAUACUGUUUUAGAUGGAUCCUCUGUUUAUCAUCUUGUUUUAUACUGUUUUAGAUGGAUCCUCUGUUUAUCAUCUUGUUUUAUACUGUUUUAGAUGGAU